AUGUCUGGUCGUUUUGUUACACUACCUAAUGGAAUUAAAUGCAACUGUCGUACAAGAAAAUGUUUACCUGCAAACCAUAGUUUAACUGCCGAGGAUAUAAAAAAGGACACACAAAAUAUUCUUAACACUUCUGGAAUAUGUGCUAUGAAGACAGAGGAUUGUACUGAGCUUCGAAAAUAUAUACGACCCUCUGGUGUAUACACGAUAUAUCCCGACAAAUAUGGGGUCAAAGCAUAUUGCGAUAUGACAACCGACGGUGGAGGUUGGACUAUAAUCCAGAGAAGAUUAGAUGGAUCUGUUAAUUUCCAGAGAAAUUGGAAAGAUUACGAAAACGGAUUUGGAAAUGUUAAUGGCGAAUACUGGCUCGGAAACAAACACAUUCACAGUAUGACAUCUAGUGGUAAAUAUGAACUGAGAAUAGACCUAACAGACCUGUCCAAUACAAAGAAGUAUGCUGUGUAUAAAACGUUUGUAGUUGGUGAUGCAGCGUCAAAGUACAAACUGACUAUUGGGGAUUAUAGUGGAGAUGCAGGUGAUAACAUGGCUUAUCAUAAUGGGAUGAAGUUCUCAACCAAUGACCAGGAUAAUGACCAAAAUAGUGGUAAAUGUGUAGACUCUGAGGGUCCAUGGUGGCAUAAAAAUUGUAAUUACAGUGGUCUCAACAAGGCAUUCAAAAGCAACAUGUACUGGUAUUCUGUCAGUAGCAACUCAGCCAAAACUUCAGUGAUGAUGAUAAGAAAACUAAAGUAG